UUCCCUGCCUGUAUUUUUCAUUUGGAAUGGAAAUUAAUGUGAGUUUGAAUGAAUUAAAGUGAAUUGAAUCAGUGAUGUGCAUGCUUUGCUUGGCUCAGAUUGCUCUUAGUUUCCUGACUCUUUGGUUUGGUAAAGCUAUAAGCUUAUUCUCAAUAGUUUACUUUCCAACAAAAAAGAUAAAGCCUACCUACUAUGGCCGGAGCAAAAAAAAAGCAAUUCCGAUUUUCGGCCAAUGACGACAUCAUCUUGUUGCGAGAGGUCUUGGCUAAUGAUCCAUACUCCUCUGCUGAACCUGGAAAGAAAUGGGAUGAAAUCGCAGACGCAACGGAACUCCAGGGUCUGAGUGGGCGACGCUGCAGGGAAAGAACAUCCCUUUUAUUGACCUACUACAAGAAAGAAGAUGCCGAGGCGCUGAAGAGAUCUGGCACAGAAGAGGAGGUGGAGGAGAAACAUCAACUCCUUCAAGAAAUCAAAGAGCUUCAGGAGGAGCAAGUUAGCAGACUUGAGAGUGAAAACAAGAAAAAGGAGAAGCAGAGGAAAAAUCGCAGUGGAGAUAAGAAAGGCGGCUUUGGAAACAUUGCCUUAGAAACGUACAGCUGCUGGUCCUCCGAUAGAUUCGCUCCCUUGAAUGGCCCUAGUAGCUGUGGUCGUAACGGGUAA